AUGUAUGGUAUUGUCGAUUCGUCCAACACCCGAUAUGUAAGUGGCGAACUUGAUUCCACCGUUUCACUUCGAUGUGAAAUCGCUCAAUUGCCUCCGAAUGCCGUCAUUACUUGGGUCUAUCGACCAAGAAUUCCUACGAGUAAUGGAAUAAAAUGGUUACCAUUAUAUGCAAAUGCACGUCGUUUAACGCAAAAUAAUCAACGUUUCAUUGUGGAUUAUAGUGGUUAUCAUCUUCAAACCCAAAAACACUUAUCUAUCUUAACUAUCAAUCAAUUGAAUCUAUCUGAUGAAGGAAUUUAUAUGUGUAAAUCCAAUCAACAUCAAUAUCUUGCCAAUAUUUUCAACAUAACUGUCCUUCCUUCAUUGAAAAUCUUUCCCAACGAUGGCAUUCUUGAAUUACAUCCUUCACAACGUUCAAUCAAUCUAUCUUGCACUGUACGAGAUUCAACUCUUCAUUCGAUCGAUCCACUAAAUAUAAAAUGGUUUCAUAAUAAGCAUGAAAUAAAUUAUGAGCGAAAUUCUCAUAUAAUCAAUAAAUAUUCUCUUCAUAAUCAAGCAACAUUAAUUUUAUAUAUACAUAAUUUAUCAUUGAAUGAUACGGGCUCAUUUACAUGUGACUAUAACGAUGGUCUAAUCAGCAAAAAUGUACAGAUCUUGUAUACAAAUUCGAUACUUGAAUAUUCAAAAUCGACAAGUAACAAGCUGAUGUCUACAUGGUCGUUAUUAGUUUUCAUCAUGAACAUCAUUUUUAUUCUACGAUGA